CCUCACCUCGCCCCGUCUCAAGGACUCACAGCACGAAGAUUGAUACACCUCAAAAUAGCUGUCAAGAACAAGAUUCUGCGAACCGCAUAUCUAAAUCACAAUGGCGACUACCAAGACAGAAGCAAAGGAGAAGUUGGACGCACAGGUAAAGUCUGUGGAUAUGUCCGACGAGAUGCAGAUGGAGGCUAUUGAAGUCGCUCAAGAAGCUAUGUCAAAGUAUAGCAUCGAGAAAGACAUUGCCAUGCACAUCAAGAAGACCUUUGACGAGCGUAAAGGACCAACCUGGCACUGUAUUGUUGGCCGCAACUUCGGUUCAUUUGUCACUCACGAAACCAAGCACUUCAUCUACUUCUACCUCGGUCACUGCGCAAUCCUCCUCUUCAAGACCCAAUAAGCGUUCGCUCUCGAUUUCAUAUGGCGCAAGGUAAAACAUGCAAUUCUUGCUGGGACAAUUUCGAAUUAGUGGUUGAUAUGGGUCUGAAUACUCGGUGCUAUGACAAUUCGGAAAGCUACAGGGGAGCAUAGGCCCUAGCCACAGCGAUGCUUUUCGAUAUCUUGAAUGCAAUUCUUGAAUUUUGCCUUCAAUUUGGGGUCCUUCGAUUUUGUGAACAUAUACUGAGGGAUUAUGCUUUUGAAAUUGAUCUCGCUAUCAGGAAGUCUCCGAGUAACGUUAUGUUACUUCUGCUGUCACGGCUAAUGUCAGGUGAAAAUCAUUGUGCCCCUACAUUUAGAAGAGAUAACAAAUCUUCU